CCGACAUCUUUUUAUAAUUCAGGCAUAUUACUAAUUGUGGAACUCCUUCUGUAGCCUUUCUAUCCGUUGAACGCCACGGUUACACGGGCACUUCUCAACAAAUCCGUGGAUCUAUAUUUGCGGAAUAGAUGUAGGGGCGAGCAGUUAAAAUGGCUGCUUCAAGUCGUAAUAGACGAAAUGUUUAGAAAUGAUGCCAUACAUUGAACAAUGCUCAAACGACCUUGUGUGACAUAAACGUGAGUAGGGGUAGGAUUUAUAUUUGUGGAAUAAGAGGAAUAUUCCAACAACUCACGAUCGUGGAGACGGAUAUAAAAUAAACCAUCUGUCCCGAUUUCGCUGUCUCCAAGUCGACGAUCGGAGCGGAGAAGAUGCAUCUCGCAAGUCUAGCUGGCUCUGGUGCAGAUAGAGGAGAUGACCCCGCAGUCUAUUGACGUAGGUAUUUCGAUAUAAAAGUGGCUUUCAAGGGAACUAUCAUCGUUAGUUAUACAUCUCCUUGAUCAUAUAUUAUCCUCGCUUAAUAAAAACGUCAAAAUGGCAAUGGAAAGAUCAGAUCUAAGCACAAGGGUCCUUCCCAAGAUCACACUAGGAGACGGGACCCCCGGAUCUUUGACGGCCCCACCUCCGCCUUUACCCCGCGAUGUUCCGGCAGCUACUCGGGCUCAGGAACGAUUUCGAGUGACAGGCAAUGCUAUUGUCACGGGAGGAGCUGGGGAUCUUGGGUUCGCUGCGAGUAGAGCUCUUCUUGACCAUGGCUUGGAGGGUUUAAUGAUAUUUGACAUGAACCCAACGGAUGCACAAGCUAGGAUCGAUGUACUGAAGUCUGAGUUUCCCGAGGCUAAAAUCCAUUUCCAAAAGGUGGAUGUAACGGACGAAGAAGGUGUAAACGCUGCGGUUGAUGAAACGGUCAAAAUAUUUGGCAGCGUCAGUAUUUUACUGAGUUUCGCUGGUAUGGUGGCUUGCGGACAUGCGCUAGAUUUCUCGUCGAAGGAUUGGAACCGGAUUAUUAAUGUCAACACAAUUGGAGGGUUCCUUGUCGCGCGAGCGAUGGCGCGAACGAUGAUACAGCGUGGAAUCGGCGGAAGUAUGGUAUUUAUUGCGAGUAUUUCGGGACAUAGGGUGAAUUUCCCCCAGCCUCAAGUGUCGUACAAUGUGUCCAAGGCUGGGGUGGUGACUAUGGUGAAGUCGUUAGCUGCAGAGUGGGCAAAUCAUGGGAUACGAGUGAAUAGCAUAUCGCCGGGGUAUAUGGACACUAUUUUGAACGAGGGAGAUGGUUUAGAUGAGGCAAGAAAAGCAUGGCUUAGUAGGCAUCCGUUAGGAAGAAUGGGCCAACCGGAUGAACUGUCGGGAGCAAUUGUGAUGCUUGCAAGUCGCGCUGGAAGUUAUUUCAACGGUGCGGAUCUUCUGUUGGAUGGAGGGCAGACUCUUCUCAUGUAGCCUCUUUUCGUAGUCUCUUCAUGUAAUCUAGUAUUUUUGUAAUUGGCACAGCUCUCUCUAACCUGUAC